GGCUGCGAGGGCCCCUCCCCGGAAGUGCGUCCCUUCUACUUCCGGUUGGAGUGCUGAUCUUGGCGCCAGGCGGACAGUAGAUGAGGUAGAGGGGCUGGGUGGGUCUAAGUUCUUCCAGACCUGCGGCACAGGACCAGCCUCUGAGUGGUGUGGAGCCGGGAGUUGUGCUCUUCAGAGCGGCGGUUAGACGCUUGGCGGCUUGCGGUUGAACCCCGGGAAGAGAGAACGGCUUCCACGAAGCCAGGCUGUCUGAGUGCCUUAGGAAGAAGAUCCUUUUAUUGAUUCUAUUCCAAACCAGAUCGGGCCUCAGUUGUCAGAGAUAGCCGCUCGUGGGGUGUCUAAUACAGGAGCAGAAUUGUUCCUGGAGAAGAAUGAUGACAGUAGAUCUGAAGGUGGCUGAGUUCUUGAACCCUCAGAUCAGAGCUCUUUGGGAGACCAAGGGACUUGUGGUAGAGAACUCCAGUCAGCAUAAGAAACAUGCCCCACAGACGGACAGUCUCAGUCCUGAGAGGUCUCACCAGCACUUCCGGAACUUCCUCUAUCAUGAAGCAGCUGGACCCCGGGAGGUAGUUGACCAGCUUCAAGAAUUAUGCCGUCGGUGGCUGAGGCCAGAGAUUCAUUCAAAAGAGCAGAUCUUGGAACUUGUGGUGCUAGAGCAGUUCCUGACCAUUCUGCCGGGGGACACCCAGACUCUCAUAAAGAAGCACCAUCCACAGAGCAUCGAGGAGGCUGUGGUCCUGGUAGAACACUUGCAGAGCGAAACUGGCCAAACAAGGAAUGGGGUUGCAGUCCAGGAGCUGGGAAAAGAGGCAGUGCUCUUGGGAGAAGCAGCAGAGGCCCCAGGCUUCCAGCUGAAGCCAGCAGAGUCCCAGCCAGUGGGCAUGUCCCGGGAGGAAGAAGUUUGGAAUAUACACCAGGGUCUACAAGAGCCACUGAGCAGGAAUACCCACAAAGAACCUGAGCCCGUAUGUGAGAGGGUGGUGCCUGCUCACCAGAUCCUAGCCUUUCCUGAGCAGACAGACACCAAAGACUGGACAGUGGCACCUGAGGUUGUCUUGCCUGAGUCCCAGAGCUUGUUGACAUUUGAAGAAGUGGCCAUGUAUUUUUCCCAGGAAGAAUGGGAGUUACUGGAUCCCACUCAGAAGGCCCUCUACAAUGACGUAAUGCAAGAAAACUAUGAGACUGUCAUCUCUCUAGCUGUGCCAGCUCACCAGCUCCUAGCCUUUCCUGAGCAGACAAAUACCAGUGAGUGGACAGUGGCACCUGAGCUCAUUCUGCCUGAGUCCCAGAGUUUGUUGACAUUUGAAGAAGUGGCCAUGUAUUUUUCCCAGGAAGAAUGGGAGUUACUGGAUCCCACUCAGAAGGCCCUCUACAAUGAUGUAAUGCAAGAAAACUAUGAGACUGUCAUCUCUCUAGCAUUAUUUGUGCUUCCCAAACCUAAAGUGAUCUCCUGUCUAGAGCAAGGAGAAGAGCCAUGGGUUCAAAGACCCCUGGAGUUCAAGGACAGUUCUGAAGAGCUGCCUACAGCAGGGCUGGAGCUUAAAAAUGACACUGAAAAUAUUCAGUCUCUAUGUCUUUCUGACUUAGAAAUACAAGCACCAGUAGCUAUAGCAUCAAGAAAGGCCAAAUUGAAAGUUCCCCAGAAAACAAUUGGCAAAGAAAAUCAUGGUGAUGUGCAUAGGGUGGGGAAAUUGCACCGAGAUUUUCCGGUGAAGAAAAAAAAGAAACUUUCAACUUGGAAACAAGAGCUUCUGAAACUUAUGGAUCUUCAGAAGAAAGAACGUGCAGCAGAGAGGCCUUUUAAAUGCCAGGAAUGUGGGAAAAGCUUCAGAGUUAGCUCUGACCUCAUUAAGCACCAGAGAGUUCACACGGAAGAGAAACCAUAUAAAUGUCAACAAUGUGAUAAGAGGUUUAGGUGGAGCUCAGAUCUUAAUAAGCACUUAACAACACACCAAGGAAUAAAACCAUAUAAAUGCUCAUGGUGUGGGAAAGGCUUCAGUCAAAAGACAAAUCUUCACACACACCAAAGAACUCACACUGGAGAGAAGCCCUUUACUUGUCAUGAAUGUGGGAAAAAAUUCAAUCAAAAUUGCCACCUUAUUAAACAUCGGAGAACUCACACGGGUGAGCAGCCUUACACCUGUAGCACAUGCAGGAGAAACUUCAGCAGACGCUCAAGCCUUCUUAGACACCAGAAACUCCACCAGUAAAGGGAAGUUUGUUCAGUGUCCUCAGUCUGAAGAAAUUUAUCAAGUGGAGCUUGACUUUAAGAAAAUAUAAAAUUAUGAAGCAUGAAGAAUUUUUCAUCAGGAAACUUUGGGAUAUAAACAUGUUUCAUAGAAGGAAUCAAGAUUGACUCUUCAAAGGAUUUGUUAGUAGUUGCACUACUUGCUGUUUUUACUAAAAGCUUCCAGGGAAUUCCUUAGCAGGAGAGGUGUUCUAAGAACAUUCUGAGUAAAGCCAAAAGCUGUUUGGAGAUUGUAUAUAGCAAAACAGCAAAUUCAGCUUUGUGUAGCAGAUGCAGCUCUGAAAUAGUCUUCUUUGGCCACAGAGGUAAAUAUUGUUGGUUUGCAUUGAUUUCCCAAGGCACUCAAACUUAAUAUGAUGGAAACAUUUGUAUUAUAGAAUGGUCUUCAAAAACAAAAAGCAAUAAUAUGCAUGUUUAGUUGCAAUAAUAUGCAUGUUUAGUUGCAUACCAUUGUCUUCCAGGUUUGCCAGUUUCAAUAAUCUCAUGGGCAGAAAUGAAUUCUAAUGUAAAAUUUUUGAAGAACCAAAUUGGAUUUUCUUUUUUUUUUCAAAUUGGAUUUUCUUAACUGUGCCAUCAUUGGGCGCUGUCCACAAAUUUGGACAUUGAGUUCCUUGUUUAACUUUUUAGCAAAUUCAGCUCUUGAAUCCUAUUAGUAUAAUUAUUACUCUGAUGAAAUAUUUUCUUCAGCAAUAUCGAUUCUGUCCAAAUGAACUAACCACUAUUUUAUGCCUCUCUGCUGGUGAAUUAAUCACUAUUUUAUGCCUCUUGAAAAGGGAGAGCACCUCUAAGAAGGAGAUAAAAUGGAAACAGGUUGGAAUCUUUAGCCAUGUAAAGAAGAACUUUCUGCAAUAAAAGAAACUAGACUCUUUAUAUCACAAUAUCAAUAGGAUAAAACAGCCAUGAGAAUGAGCACUUUUUUUCAAGGUCUAAAUGGAAAUUAAUGGGAAUUCAGGAUCAUCUUCUCAGGUUUUUAUCUGUUUGCAUUUUAAUUUGGUUUUUGUUUGUUGUUAAGAAUUAGGAGAGAGUUACGUUUGUCUGGGAACUGCAGUAUUUUCUGCACCAGGAUCUUGUGGCUCCCUGGGCAUGUUAUUCUGGGAAUCCAGUGAACUGGAGACCAAGUUCCCAAAAGGGGAGCUAAUGCUGGGUGGCAGGCAAGGAUGGACAAAUGCACCUCUACAUUGGUUAACUUACACUGUAACUGUUAAGCAGGCAAGGGCAUCCUACUUCUGGUUUCUCCAUCCUUUCAGGUAACAGCCUUAGGUUACAAAUUUGAUAGACUGCUAGAAAUCUCCUUAGGUUGUGAGUUUUCUUGUAACUCCCCCUUUUAUCUGCUCAGUGAUGCAGAUAUGUUCCUGGUAGAGCCUCUAGGCGUAAUCAGGAAAGGAGUUAAAUUAUCUCUUCCAAAUAUCUGACUUUAUAAAGUAAGGAAGUUAGGCUUAAAGAGAUCCAACGGCUUGCUACAACCACAUAGUUAGUGGGUCUGUUGGCUGUCACUUAGCUGCAUCAGUCAGGCCUGAAGACAGGAUCAGCAGGACUGAUCUAUAUGUUGUUCCUGUCCAGCAGCCUGGAUGAUACUGUUUCUAGCUAGUAAAACAUGUCUGUUUCUUGGUUGGUUACUGAGAUAUUGUUAAAUCUCCAUUUUCUCUGUGAAAUAGAGAUAACGCUUAACUCAGGGUUCUCUGGAGAUUAGAGGGAUUGGUGAAGGAAAAGCACCUGAUGAUCUGACUGAUAGUGGGGUCUCAGACACUGUACACAUCCUUCUCUUUCCUCUGAUCCUCAGUGGUGUCUUGGGUAGACUGACCACACUGAAGGAGCAGAUCCAUUUGUGGCUGUUGCAGCUUCUUCCAGGGGCUGAGCACUCACUGUGGUAGUUUGCUCAGUUGAUUUGUUCCUUGGCUUCAGUGCUUUAUGGCGUAAGUCACCUGACCUGUUGGUGUGUCUCUCUCAGCAGGAUUUCAUUAUCUUCCCUAAGAUGAACUCUAGCAAGUAUUAUUUCCUAAGCGCAGCUAGCUCUGCAGCUCUGGUCUGUAUGGAUCUUACUGAACAUCCUUGGUCUUAAACCUUAGGGACUCUUGUCUCUUCUCCCAAUAUAUACAGGUUUGGAUUUCUUGCUGGUGCUUCAUUCAUUCAUUCAUUCAAGUUAUGAUUAUAACUUGAUUAUGAUUAUGAUUAUAAGAGAUUCUGUUAUGCGCCCAGGUACUCUUCUAAAGUAAGGAUACACAGUAGUGGACAAGGAUACAAAAUGCAUAUCCUCACGGACCUUGUAUUCUUGUGAACAGUAAGAAGGGAAUGGUUAGAUGUUUUUGCUUCUUGCAGUUAGGGUCCAGAGAUAGUUUUGAGCAGUAGGUUGUGUACAGCGGUCUCACUUCUUGGCUGAAACAUUUAUUUGUUGGUGCAGGACUCUAAUGCUGUCUUUUCCUGCCUUAGCCAUGUAAGCACAUAGAGAGAGGAGACAAAAUUCAGAACAGUCUGGAAUGCCGAGCACCCAACACUGGGGAGCAGUGCCUGUUCUGGAGAGUUCCCUAGACCUGUAAUGGACUUUGUAGGAAGGAUUCAUAAACUUCUGUUGUGUUAAAUCACUGGGAUGUUGGUGCUGUGUAUUUCUGCAGCAUAACCUGGCCUGUCUUGUUGGAAACAUUAGAACAGAUCCAGCACUUGCUGGAUGGCACAUGUAACCCAGUAGAUGUUGACAGUCUUCUUGAAACAGGAGAGAUGUGAACCUUAGAAUGAAGCCAACACCACAGCAGACAGAGCAGGGUGAUAAAUACUCAGGUUUUAGAGACACCAUUGAGCUGUAGGAUCAAGCAUCACCUGACACCUAGAAUUGCACUGGACUUUUCAGCUACAUAAAUCUAUACAUUUCUUAUUAUUUAAGCCAGUGUGAUUGGCAUUUCUGUUCAUUGUAACUGAAAUAAUUCUAAUAUAUAGAGCAAUAACUGAUUUAAGAUAAUAUAUAUAAGAGAGGAACAGUGUUCUUAUAUAUAUAUAUAUAUAUAUAUAUACCUAUUUAACUCUUUCAUUGUGGAAAUUAUCAAAAUAUCUAAAGUAGAGAAAAUAAUAUGACCCUUAUAUAGGCUUUAAAAAUUUUGCCAGUUUUUACAUUUACCCACUCCAGUGUUUUGUUUUUAUUUUGUUUGGGGUGGGUGGGUUUUGGAAUAUUUGGAAUAUUUUGUUUUGUACUAUCUGAAGCCAAGCUCAGACAUUAUGACAUUUCAUGCAUAAAUAGUUUCUUUGUUAGAGAUAAAGAAUCCUUGACAGUCUCUGCUCUAAUCUGUCUAUGAGAAAGAAUUCCCAUUCAACAGAGGCUGUCUCCACAUGGCACAAGCUUAAUUGAGAACAUGGGAGCGGCCUUUUCCUCCCUCAGAGGGCUACCAGAACUUGACCAACAGCUUCUCAAUAUGACUCUGUAAGAGGACCCUCUUGGUCUCCUCCGAACCCCAUGGUAUUCAUUUAUGAGAAGCAACAGGCAGCCCUAAUGCCUUGUAAUAAGGGUGGUCCACAAGGAAUACUAGAUGCCUGUAGUGAUCACUUGAGCAACUUAUUAAAAGUUGAAACUUCAUGAAACUGCUAACUUUUUUUUUGAAACUGCUAACUUUUAACAAGCCCCAGGGUGAUUUACUCAUUAAGAGUUCAGUAGUAAUAGUUAAUUGUUGGUUUCCUAGAAGCCUUCAAAGGACAAAAUAAUAAUAGUAAUUACUCUCUAACAUUUUCAUAUGGGACAUUUACCCUGAAGCUCAAAAACCGCCCUCAUUUGCCUACUUUUCAUUGGUUUUCUUUCUUUUUUUCUUGAAAUAAUGUGUAAAUGAAUGCUAAAAAUACUAUAGUAAAAAUACUUUUUACUAUAAUUUGUAAUCCACUUCCUUCUAAGCAUUCCUGUUUGAUUGUAUUUUUUACAAUUAGCAUUUAACCAUCACAUUUCAGUAAUUGCUAAGAUGAAAAAUGAAGUGAAUAUUUAAUAUUCCUAUUCUAGUUUCUUCCUUAUUUAGUACCAUACAUUCUCUUAAUGAAGUUUCUCUCCUUUUCCGUGGUUGGUGUCCACUUGUUCCCUUGAUCCUCUUUCUGGUGUUGUUCUAAGGUUAUUCUGUGCUUCAGCAGUCAGUGUUCUAAUAGCCAAGAAGUGUGGUGCAAACUACUUUGACAGGUCCCUUCAUGGCCAGUUCAACUUAUCUUACUUUAUGACUAUUGACUUAAUCAACAAAGUGUUUUUUGCAACCAGUCCUGGAGCCAUAAGCUAGGGUUUAUCACCUUUAAUUCCCAAAUUGAUAUAUUAACCCUGCUGCCAAAAAUGGGUUCUGUCUUUAUCUCUGCCUGUGGAUGUUUGCUCCCUAAAACUGCUGGAGAGAUAUGUACUGUGAACGUUCAUUUAUUCAUUCAACAUUGGAUAUUGAUAUAGAGCACUUAUGUGCCAGAAGCAUUGUUUUAGGUGCUGAGAUUUUAUGCUUAUGAACAUUUUUGGUUUUGCAUUUUUGCUUCUAAACAAUGCUGGGUUGGGGAUAAAGUGGGCAUUCUUUAGGCUCCUUCUCCAUGGUUUAAACAAUUUGUAUAUUUGUUGUAUUCAUUUGUUUUACACUUUGGCUUUCCACGGUCAGUUUCCCACUCUGUCUUACCUUCAAAACUAACCACAGCUUCCCAAAAACAGAAUAGGAAAAACACAACUCUACUGUCUUAUAUACCUUAAUGUUUUUUGUUUUCUUUUUUUAAUGUGGUUGGGUUGAUUUAAGCUCUUUACAUUUUGAGAGUGGAUUUGCACAAUUUGCAGAGCAUCUCUAAUAAUUUUUAAGAAAAUAUUAUAAGUACAGACAUAAUUAGAGCACUAGAGCAGAGACAAGGAGAAGGCGAUGGCACCCCACUCCAGUACUCUCGCCUGGAAAAUCCCAUGGACGGAGGAGCCUGGUAGGCUGCAGUCCAUGGGGUCGCUGAGUGUUGGACACAACUGAGCGACUUCACUUUCA